AUGAAUCCGGUGGUUUGUAAUGGUAACAAGUUGCGAUGGAAGUUUAACAAUAUCAAAGAUUUGACCAAAGAUCCUGUUCGAAGCGAUAAAUUUACAAUUGGCCCUGUUGAUUGGUAAUUUUUUUAAAAUGAACCUUACGUAAAUAACUUUAAUUUUUGUCUUGCUUUCAGGGUUAUCACAGCGAUUAUUCGCACUGUUGAGAAUCACGAUUGUUUCACAAUUUAUCUUGAAUAUGCCUCGAAUAAUAGAGAAGAUUUGAAUUGGAUUUGUGACACAACAAGUACCUAUAAGGUGUUGAGACAAUGCGGUUCUGGAAAAAACAUUUCUUCUGACUAUAAUGUUUGCUAUCAUAAAAAUACGUUUUUAGCAUGGGGCGUACCAAUGAUAAAGUUUGCGGAUUUUGUAUCGGAUGCCAAGGGAUUUUUGAAAAAUAAUUCAGUGAUUGUUGAAAUCGACUUGAGCUUUCGAUAUUAUGAUUUUUCAAAGAAAAUUGAACAUGUUACUGAUAUGAUUGUAAAUGUUGAAGAUACCGAAUUUCAUUUGAACAAAUGGGCCCUGGCCUCAAGAGCUGAAUAUUUUCAACAUCUGAUUCUCAACACCAAGCCGAACGAUGUUAAAAAUAUGAAACUGGAUGACAUCACUACCAAAGAUUUUUGUUUGAUGUUGGCAUCGUUUUAUCCAUUUUUUGAUACUAAUUUAGGUUAGCUGUAAUUUCAACUUUAAUCUCACUCUUAAAGUUUCCAACUUUCAGAGAAUCACUACAUCACUCUCAUCGAAGUUGCCAAGAAAUACAAAGUUCCAUCACUUCAUCACAAAAUUGAGCAAUAUUUGUUGACUGACACAAAGCUCGAAGUUAUUGAGAAAAUCAAGUAUGCAGAGGAGAAUGAGUAUGAACAACUGAUGGUUAGUUAUGAGACACUUCCAGAAUGUUUGCUAUAAAAAAAAAUUUUGUAGAAAAAAUGCGUUGGUUCGUUGAAAACUGGAAGCGAGGUGAAGAAUUUGCAAACUGAUGAGAGAUUUUUGAAUUUGAAGGAUAGUACUAAACUUGGAAUUAUGGCUCGAUCGUUGGAUUUUUUCUGAUUGUUAAACUUUUAAACUAUUUUUUGUUGUUACUUUUGUGAAUGUUGUUUUUUUUAUGAAUUGUUUGUUUUUUUAUAAUUGAAAAAUGUAGCUUAACGUGUUCAUUGAUCCUGAAUCUAUAUUUUUAAAGUUAAAUUUUUUUAGAUCAAUUUCAACAUUUUAAGGAUGAAUCCGGUGGUUUGUAAUGGUAACAAGUUGCGAUGGAAAUUUAACAAUAUCAAAGAUUUGACCAAAGAUCCAGUUCGAAGCGAUAAAUUUACAAUUGGAGCUGUUGAUUGGCAAGUUUUUGUGAAAAAAAACUGUUUUUUCAAAAGUAUAAUCUGAGUGUAUGUUUCCAGGGUCAUCGAAGUCUGUGUUCUUAAGUGUGAAGAACAAGAUUAUUUCACAAUAUUACUUAGAUAUGACUCAAAUAACAGCGGACAUCAAAAUUGGAUUUGUGAAACAAAAAGCACAUACACAUUGUUCAGACAAUCUGGUGGUGGAAAUCACUUAUCUGGUGAUGUGAAGACUUGCUACAAUCAUAAUAUACUUCUAGUUUGGGGGAUCAAAAUGAUGAAGUUCUCGGACUUAAUAUCGGAUGCCAAUGGAUUUUUGAAAAAUAAUUCAUUGAUUGUUGAAAUCGACUUGAGCUUUCGAUAUUAUGAUUUUUCGAAAAAAAUUGAACAUGUUACUGAUAUGAUUGUAAAUGUUGAAGAUACCGAAUUUCAUCUGAAUAAGUGGGCUCUGGCCUCAAGAGCUGAAUAUUUUCAACAUCUGAUUCUCAACACCAAGCCGAAUGAUAUCAAAAAUGUGAAACUGGAUGACAUCACUACCAAAGAUUUCUGUUUGAUGUUGGCAUCGUUUUAUCCAUUCUUCGAUACUAAUUUAGGUUAGCUGUAGUCUCACAAGGAAUGGUUUUCAAUGUUCCCCCAAGGACAAAAUCGAGAGUAUGUGGAAUGUUGAGGGUUCCCGUGGGUAAGAAAAACCCUAACGGGAAUAAGGAGAAAAAUGCCUUAUUCUCGAGAAAAAAUGUAUUUUAGGUCGAUUUUUACACCAUUUUUUGAUUUUUAGAGCAUCUGUAACUCGAUUUUGAAUCUAUUUCAUGAACUUUUGAGUCGUGGAAGUUGUUCAGAAUGGUCGAUUACGUGUUUGUGAAACUUUUUAUCAAAAAAUUAGACAUUUUUUGAAAUUUGGUUUUUUUAGUCGGGGUUUUUCUGAUCAAAUGGUCACCAAAAAACACAAAAAAUAAUUUUUUCCAUUUUCAAAUGAACGGAACUUGAAAAAUUUAUGACGGUCAACAGACGUAAUUUGGUCCGUAGAAUCCAAAAAUCAUAGUCUCGAUUCACACAAACUUCUCCUUCACAACGAAAACGUUGAUUUUCUAUGAAUUUUUCAAACUAGAAAUUUGAUUUAGUGGACUUUUGGGACCAAAAUUAUUUUAUUCCUAAUUUUAGUCGAAGUAAUACUAAAGUACGCCGUUUGCGCUACAAAUGGAUUUUUAGACUGACAUUUUUCAUCAAUUUUGAAAAAAGUUUCGAUUUUUCUAAAAAAUUUCAUCGCAAAAAUCAAUAACACCAAAAUUUUCUAAAACAAGGCAUUUUUCUCCUUAUUCCCGUCAGGGUUUUUCUUACCCAUGGGAACCCUCAACAUUCCACAUACUUUCGAUUUUUUCCUUGGGGGAACAUUGAAAACCUUUCCUUGUCAAUUGCAAGCUCCAAAAAGUUUCCAACUUUCAGAGAAUCACUACAUCAGUCUCAUCGAAGUUGCCAAGAAAUACAAAGUUCCAUCACUUCAUCACAAAAUUGAGCAAUAUUUGUUGACUGACACAAAGCUCGAAGUUAUCGAGAAAAUCAAAUAUGCGGAGGAAAAUGAGUAUGAACAACUGAUGGUUAGUUUGGAGACACUUCCAGAAUGUUUGCUAUUAAAACAAUAUUUACAGAAAAAAUGCAUUGGUUCGUUGAAAACUGGAAUCGAGGUCAAGAAUUUGCAAUCUGAUGAGAGAUUUUCGAAACUAAACGAUACCACAAAACUUGGAAUCAUGGCACGAUUUUUGGAUUUUUUCUAA